AUGGCCCCUCGCUUGGCCAUACCCGUAGAGACCGUCGACAACCCUCAUUCCCUCUUGUCCCCCAUCGUCUCCCACCUUUCUGCCCUUCCAAGUAUCCCAAACCUCAAGGGGUUCCUGCCUACUUCUCCUACAGCACAGCCCAGCUCUUUCAAUGACUCGCCCCACGCGCCUGAGCCGGGGAAGGCCCUGUGGCAAGAGGGCGAUCUGGGAGACGGCCAAGGCAUCCGACCUCUCCUACUCGUCAUGUCUUCGGUAAACGCCCUGCAGAUAUUCACUGCCCCUCGCCCUGAUUCGCACGACGACUCGCAAGCUUCACAACCGAUUCGGCCCCCGGAAGAGGCCUUUGUGAUCCCAACCAUCAGAUAUGGAGCCAAGACGCACAUCUCGUCCUUGCAAUCCCCCACCGCAUCGUCUUCGGCUCCACAGAAUGCCGCUCCUGCGUCCCGUGAAAAAGUCCUCAGUGCGCUCAUGCUGGACCAUCAGAGGGUGCUGUUAGUCACUCAGACGUCGGGUAGGAAGAGCGCGUUGGCGCUGGUUCUCAUGGAUUUGGGCUCAGAAGUAGCCAGAAAGAGAGUUGAGCUGGGGUACGGGAUGACGGCAGACAUACAAGGAUCUCCCAAAGUCAUCGUGGUGGCCACGUCACACCCGACCCCCUCACUCCAUUUUUUGGACCCCCUGUCGCUGGAAUCUACUCGCCCUGCCAUUAUCAAUUUACCAACCAAUUCACAGACCCAACUUCCUGCAUUCUCUAUCUCUGGCCGGCUCCUUGCCCAUGCCGUAUCUUCUCCCCCCGCUCCUUCUUUCUCACGCUCCGCGGGAAACCUCGUCACUUCCUCUUCCAUUUCUACUGCAAAGCAAUCACAAAGGCUGCCACAGUCGUCCAGGUCAACAAUCGACGGAGCGCAAGGGGGAGCAUUGCUCAAUUCUGCGGUAGAAAUAGGAGGUGGCGUCGCGAGGGGCGUAUGGGCCGGGAUCAAGCUGGGUGCAAGGGCUGCAAGCGACGCAGCAGCGCGAUCCCGUAAUGAUAGAUUGGCCAGGAGCGCUCCGGUCAAUACAGCGGCCGAUCAAGGAGAUGACAUUGAGGACUUUGAAGGCGUGGAGAGCAAGUCACUGGAUGGCGAGAGCGUGCUCGAGUCCCAGAUGGAAGUUGCAAGAUCGGAACUGAACCCAGGCGAUGGAUAUUGGGUCAAGGUAAUCGAUAUGUACCCCAGAGACGGCAGCCGCGGACCCGACAACUUGUCUGGCAGUCAUUCCAGAGGUCAAGCGCCCGAGAAAACGAUUGCACAUUUCCGGCUGCCGCCUUCCUCUGGCUUGCCCCUCGAACCUUCACACCCCCCCAGUCCUUCGUAUCCUACCAUCAGUCAAUUGUCGUUUUCGCGCUGCGGCACACAGCUGCUAAUCGCCCCUACCGAUGGCCGGUCAUUCCACGUAGUCGAGCUUCACCCGGCGAGCAUCACAGAUGCAAUUGCCGGACGGGAAACGAAAAACCAAACGUGGCAUCUUUACGAGCUGAAGCGCGGGCAUACGAUUGCGGCUGCGGAAAACAUACAAUGGGACAGGAGCGGUAAAUGGGUUGGUGUCGGAACUGGUAAAGGGACCGUUCAUAUCUUUCCCAUCCAUCCUUGCGGUGGACCACCUUCAACAGCCACGCACCUGUCCCAGACUGUGACCAAUCCUCAACAGAUGUACCCGCUAUCUACUCCGGUGGCUCCUAUCGCCCGUCUGCGUCCUGGUCGUCCCAUGGGAGACGUGGCAAAUGGAGAUAGGUCGACAGGUGCUGCCAGGCUUUCACCUGGUCAACCAGUCUUUACGUUCCUGCCACAUGGCCUCCCACCGUCCUCGAAGGUCUCGUACACGGACAAUCUCGCCAUUUACCGACCCAGGAUGGGUGUCCUAGAGUACGCCAGGCUGCACACACGCAAGCAGUCUCAAGGGACGAACAGCAUAGGUGCAGAGGCAGGGCACCGCUCUUCUCACUCGCAAAGGGGAAGUAGCGCUCUUACCGACAUGAUGCGCAACAGAUCAUCUGGUCAUUGCGAUCUUCAAGUUGAAAAGGACAUCAGAGGGCGCUGGUCGCUACCCGGCGCCACCCCCGAGCCAGUCGUUCUGAAUCUUGCGUCUGUCAAACCGAGCGCUAGCAUACGAAGAAGCCGGGCCUCCCGAAUGGGAAGCCUAGCCGCUGCCGAGAUACGCACACAUAGUCCUAGCUCCCGCAUCCUUCCCCACUCUAUCUACUUGUCCAGGCAAGCAGAAUUCUACUCGGCAAGGCCCAUCGAUGACUACUCGCCGCUGUCGAUAUUGGACCUUGAGGCGCGAACACACAAGUUGCACUUUCGCCACGAGGUGGAAGCUCGGUCACCCUCGGAUCAGAGUAUGGAGAAGAUGUCGGUCUCUUUCAAAGAACCCCUUCUCUCAGCCCUCCAUGAGAUCAUCGAGUCUCCUCCUGAUAGACAGAUACCGGGGCUUCCUAACGGCUAUGGCGGAGCAGGGGGGGCAUGGAGUGCUGUCCCUAUCAGGACCGUCAAGGCGGGCCUUAACGAGGGUGUGGGCCGUAUGCGACGGGAGUAUGCGAGAGCGCAGUAUGUAAGAGAGCGCAGGAAGGCUGAUCAAGCGGAGAGGCUGAGAGAGGAAAGUACAGGGUUGAGCUUUGAAGAUGACGCGGUGUUUGCAGCAUAUGACAAAGAUGGUGAGAAGGCGGAUGGGGCUGCACCUGAGCUACAGCUAUCUCGAUCGCUGUCGACUUCCGCAUCUGCUUCCAAUUCUGGCUCUGGCUCUACCCCACCAUCCAGCAGUGCACUUCCGCCACCAAAGGCAGAUCUAUCCGACGGGGAAAGUGGUUGGGGCGACAAAUGGGAAGAGGAAUACAAGAGAGCGGUCGAGGAGGAUGGUGGACCUGACGAUCUGGUGCUGGGUUUGAUGGACGAAGAGGAAGAUGAGCGAAGGGUGUGGGAGGCCAAGCGCAAAGCACUCGACUAA